GUUAAAUUUCCCUCGAAUCUCUGGUGCUCCGGCUAGGGGGCGAUGGACGGGGGCGGCGGCGGAGGCGAGGCUGGACUGGCGGGCGGCGGCGGGUUCGAAUGGGAUGAGGACUCCCAGCUCUACUACCACCCCAGUACUGGGUUUUACCAUGAUGCCGUCGCUGGAUGGUAUUACAGCAGUAGAGAUGGUCAGUACUACAUAUAUGAAAAUGGAAAUUACAUGCCAUGGAUGCCAGAUGCAGGAAAUGAAACAAAAACAGAGCAUCCAUGCGAUGAAUCUAAUCAAGGAUUCCUGGAACCCUCAUCAGGAUUGGAACCAGAUAUAUCAGAUAACCAGAAUGAAACACAGCGGCCACCAUCAGAAUGGAUGGAGGAAACAUUAAUCAAUAUGUUUCUGUCAGGCUACUCUAAUGCAGAGGCCAAUGAUGAAGUUCCACUUGGGGGCUCACAAACAAAUGAGGGAGAUAGAAGUGAGACAACCCAAAACAAACUUGGUAACUUUGCCUCGGAAAAUGAACCAUCCUCUUUACAUGAUGCUACCUUGCACCAAACAGAAGAUGGAAUGCAAAAUGAGAAUUCUACAACUGUGCAUGAAUCUCUGAGUGAAGAGGAAGAAAAAUGGCUUUCUCAAUAUGGUCAGGUAGAGCAAGAAAUUGAUGACCAACCAUUAUUUCCGAGCAUCGAUCUGUGGGACUGGGAUAUGGUCAAAGAACCAGUCAGUAAAGGUCAACCCAUUGUCAGGCUCGUGGGACGUUUAGUUAAGGGCUCUAGUAAGCUUCAUCCUUCUCUGCCUGCUCGUGGUGGCUUGCUAAGAACUGCCCCUGUGCAUGAAGUUCAUGUUGAUCUUGUGCGUGUUUCAUCAGGGAAAAUAUACAGGCUAAGGAGACCUAGCAGCAAAUACUUAGCCUCUUUAUCAUCAUAUGACUCUUCCAACCCAACAAAAGAUUGGGGUUUUCCCAACAUAUAUGCCAAUCCUGAUAACAAUUUGCAUAAACAGCCAACAGCACAGUGUCAAUCGGAAGUCAUGGAUGUAUUUUCAAUAAGGGGUGUUUCCGCUGCUAGUGCCAAUGAGCACAGGAUAUAUGCUUAUAGGGACAGAGCUGCUGAGAGAAGGGUCCUACACCGUGGUAUAGGGAUAGGGCCUGGACAGAAGCAAAGUAGCAGCACCAAUUUUUAUGAACAUGAGGAAACAGAUGAAGGAAUGGUUCUGAUGGGAGAUGCAUCAGUAGAUAUGAACUUCCGUUCCAGUGGCUUGAAUUCUGCCAAGAAAAUGAUGGAGAACAUGGGCUGGAAGGAAGGCGAAGCCCUUGGGAAAAGCACAAAGGGUAUUGUAGAACCCAUACAGCCUACUGUCAACAAGCACGGUGCUGGUUUGGGAUGGAAGCAGAACUGCUAAGAUGUUUCUAAUCACUGAAAUCCUUUGGUGAUUUCAGUGCAUGUUUUGUGGCUUAAGGAGUUAAGUCUUUGCAGCCUAUCUCAUGCAGUUUAAAAAUGAGCUAUUUUUUACGUUACGCAUAAUUUUCCUCAUGAGCGGGAAUGUGCACGACUUAACAAGCAUAUGUAACAAGAUGCUAAUUAUUUUUGUGUUGAUUCAGGUAUGAGUUCAUCUCAGAAACUCUAAUCUUUCUUGGAGGACAUUCUGUUUAUUACUGCAGAUAAACUAUUUGAUGUGUUACUAUUUCAACAUUAGUGCAAGAACAUUUGGGACCUAGUAGGAUUAGUCAUCUUGCACUUCAUGCUGUAUGAGUUUGUACCUUCGGCAACCAAGUCUCUUUCAGCCGAAUAGAAUUAUAUAAAAAAGAAAAGGCUAGUCUUCCUCGGGAGUGAUUAACAACUCAAGAAUUUUAGGCGGAGGCAGAAACUGCUGAUUGUGAGCAAGGUAUAUGUACUCCAAACUGAUCGAAGAUGAUGAGAUCACAGAGGAAAAGGGAGAGGACGAAGGUGGUUAGGGCUGUUUUUUAUGUGUACUUUUGGUCUAAUUGCUUUUUAGGGCGGAAAGAAAUAAAGGUUUAAGUUCCACCACCCACAAAUCCCGGGCACUGCUCCCAAUAUGGUUCUCUAAAGAAUAGUAUUCUUGUUGUACUAAUCACUAAAGAUGUGGAUUCAUCUGCUAAUCUGCUCAAGUGUGAAUUGACCUUCAGCCAUCUCUGUACUCCAUAUUUGAAUCCAUGAUGAUGCCACAUUAGCGCAUAAUUGAACGUGAGUUGUCAAUUACUCCCGAUUUGAUUAUCUGAUACUCGGUGUUUUUGUUGAUUUUUUUUCGGAGACUGACCUUUUUUAUGAUAAGAUUCACGAAAGUUUGUGUGAGAUAACCCUUGCGGUCGCAGGAACGUGUGGAAUUGCAGAAAGCUGCUAACAAAAAGCGGGAGAACAAUGUGAAUGUCCCUGACAUAAGUAAUCUA